AGCGGCCUGGCAAGCGGUUGUCUCCUCUGCCUGGGGUGGAGGAGGAGACUUGAGAGAGGGAGAUGGGUUUGUGCCCCCCACUGCUAGGGCCGGCCCACCCAUGAAGCAAGAUGAGAGGAUAUCUGAGGCAGCAAGAUGCACAGGGGCAGCAGAUCCGGAUGUUGACCUUUAUUCAGGGCUGGCCCACACACGAGGCAAGGUUGUGGGGGCUGCAGUCUGGCCCUGAAGCAGGCUGACUUGGUGACAUCAUGGCAGCUGAGGUGAAGGUGACUGGGCAGAACCAGGAGCAGUUCCUGCUGCUGGCGAAAUCUGCCCGUGGAGCUGCCCUGGCCAGCCUCAUUCAUCAAGUGCUCGAAGCCCCUGGCAUUUACGUCUUUGGGGAACUGCUGGACAUGCCCAAUGUUCGUGAGCUAGCUGACAGUGAGUUCUCCGCUGUAUUCCGCCUGCUCACAGUCUUUGCGUAUGGGACAUACUCAGAUUACUUAGCUGAAGCUGGGAAUCUGCCUCCGUUAACAGAGGCUCAGAAGAACAAAUUGCGCCAUCUGUCUGUUGUCACAUUGGCUUCCAAGCUGAAGUGCAUUCCGUACGCAGUGCUGCUGGAGCAGCUUCAGCUGAAGAAUGUGCGUCAGCUAGAGGACUUGGUGAUUGAGGCCGUGUACGCAGAUGUACUGCGGGGGAGCCUGGACCAACGCAACCAGCGAUUAGAGGUCGAUUACAGCAUUGGGAGGGACAUCCGCAGGGAGGAACUCAGCGCCAUCACUCGCACCCUUCAGGAAUGGUGCCAGGGCUGUGAGGUCGUCCUUUCGAGCAUCGAAGAACAAGUGAGCCGGGCUAAUCAGCACAAAGAGCAGCAGUUGGGUCUCAAGCAGCAGAUUGAGAGUGAGGUUGCAAAUCUGAAGAAGACAAUUAAAGUGACAACAGCAGCUGCCGCUGCAGCGACAUCCCAGGAUCCGGAGCAGCAUCUCUCUGAACUCCGGGAGCCUGCUCCGGGUACCAACCAGCGCCAAGCCAGCAAAAAAGCUUCCAAAGGCAAAGGGCUCCGAGGCAGUGCAAAGAUCUGGUCCAAGUCGAACUAGCAGUACCUUUGGCUGGGGAGGACGGCAGGUGUCCCACGUGUGAUGCUUUCUUCUCUAACCUGGAUGUCUCUCUGUGCAACCCCUUCCCCCUUUCCCAGUCUCUCUUUCUCUCUCCCCCCUUGCAUGUAGUUUGCUCUUUCCAUUUUGCUCCUGCCCUGAUACUUUCAUCCAUUCUCGCCUUCCACUGCUCUCUCAUAAUCCUUCCCACUUAUUUUCCGCCUUCUUCUUCUUCUUCUUCUUCUUCUUCUUCUUCUUCUUCUUCUUCUUCUUCUUCUUCUUCUUCUUCUUCUUCUUUUUGCUUUCCCUCUUCUCUGUCUCUCCCUGUCCCCAUCCUCGUGUGGGGUGCAUUUUAAAGAGCCAUAAAGUGACCUCUGUUUCAGUUAUCUUUGCACCCAACAGAAUAUUGUGGAAGCUUGGGUGGAAAUGAAUCUGGCAGCUGAUAGCCACUUUAGUUCUGCGAGCAGAUCCUGGGACAUUUGCUCUGGGACGCAGCUCGACAUCUCGAAUCAUUUGCUUUCCUGGGAUCAGGGGUGGGGAGGGGGCGUGUGAGAGUGUGUCGGAUGGUUUGUUUUGGGGAAAAAAUAGUAUAAAUAUAUAAAGUGAUUUAAAGAAAUAAAUCUAUGGACAUAUCUACAGGA